CCUGCAGCGACCUGUCCCCACAGAUGCUGAAGGCACCAUGAGCUCCCCGAAUGGGCCAAGCCUCCCAUCGGGGCUGCUCUCGGGGGGCGCCUCCCCCAGCGGUGACGAGGGCUUCUUCCCCUUCGUGCUGGAGCGGCGUGACUCUUUCCUGGGAGGCGGCCCCGGGCCUGAGGAGCCCGAGGACCUGGCCCUGCAGCUGCAGCGUAAGGAGAAAGACCUGCUGCUGGCUGCUGAGCUCGGCAAGAUGCUCCUGGAGCGGAAUGAGGAGCUGCGGCAGCAGCUGGAGACGCUGAGCACCCAGCACUCCGAGCAUGAGGAACGGCUGCAGCAGGAGAACCAUGAGCUCCGCCGGGGCCUGGCAGCCCGGGGAGCCGAGUGGGAGGCCAGGGCUGUGGAGCUGGAGGGGGAUGUGGAGGCCCUGCGGGUCCAGCUCGGGGAGCAGCGCUCAGAGCAGCGGGACAGUGGGCGUGAGCGGGCACGGGCCCUCGGUGAGCUCAGUGAGCAGAACCUCCGGCUCAGCCAGCAGCUGGCCCAGGCCUCCCAGACGGAGCAGGAGCUUCAGAGAGAACUGGACACCCUUCGAGGGCAGUGCCAGGCGCAGGCCCUGGCUGGGGCAGAGCUGAGGACGCGGCUGGAGAGUCUGCAUGGGGAGAACAAGAUGCUACAGAGUCGCCGGCAGGACCUGGAGGCCCAGAUCCGGGGCCUGCGUGAGGAGGCGGAGAAGAGCCAGGGCCAGCUGCAGGCCACCCACGAAGAGCUGCUGGUGCUGCGGCGGGAGCGGCGGGAGCACAGCCUGGAGCUGGAACGCGCGCGCUUCGAGGCCGGGGAGGCUCUGAGCGCCCUGCAGAGGCUGCAGCGGCGGGUCUCGGAGCUGGAGGAGGAAUCCCGCUUCCGGGAAGCCGACGUGUCGGGCGCCUCCCUGCAGUGCGAACUUGCCCGCAGCCUCGACGGCGACCAGGACCAGGACCCAGACAGACACGGAGACGCCCUGACGACCCUUUCCCCGGAGCCCCAAGAGUCUUCCAGCCCGCAGCCUUCGCUCCAGGAGGAGAACUUGGAGCCCCCCAAAAAGCGAGCAACUCUGAGCACAGCGGAGACGGUGGAGGAGAGGGAGGCUGAAGUGGCCAGGCUGCAGGAUGAGAUCGCACUGCAGCGGGCGGAGCUGCAGUCUCUGCGGGAGGAGCUGCAGCGGCAGAAGGAGCUGCGAGAGCAGGUGGACUCUGAGGAGGCCCUGAGCGGCGCCCUCUUGGAUCGGGACGAGGCCGUGAACAAGGCCCUGGAGCUGUCCCUGGAGCUCGGCCGCGUCUCUCUGGAGCGGGACUCCCUGUCCAGGGAGCUGCUGCGCGCCAUCCGCCAGAAGGUGGCGCUGACGCAGGAGCUGGAGGACUGGCAGGACGACAUGCAGGUGGUGAUCGGACAGCAGCUGCGCCUGCAGCGCCAAAAGGAGCUGAGCACCGCCGGCUCCUCCCCGCGCCGCACCUCGGCCCGCUUCUCGCUGCGCCCGGGCUCCGGGCCCGCAGGCGGCUUCCUCGGCAACCUCUUCCGAAGGACGUGAGGGCCACCAAUGGAGCCACAGAACGCCCAGUGUUCCGAGGGUGGCUGGCGCCCUCUCCACCCCGAAAGCUGGGCAGGGGCUCACAGGGAGCAGGGGCCAGCUUUGGGGGCCAGGGGCCAGACGCGGGUUGGGGGGGCAGAGCUGCCUACCUUAGGGAUCUAUAGGUCUAUCUUUUCUAAGCACUGGGCCCUCUCCAGGGCAGGAGGACGGUGGGUAUUUAUGUAUCAAGAUU